AUGGAACCGGCAAGGCCAUUUUUCACUACUAGCUCUACGACCAGCGAAAGAUUUGGUGAAGAAAUUAGACCCGAUUGUGAUGAAACUGAAGCAGCAUGUACUGCCGAUAUUGUUGAUGAAGAAUAUCGCCCAGAUAGAGUAGAUGAUUUUGUAACUCAACCUGUUUCCCCCGGUACACCACAUGUAGUCACAUCGUCGGAUGGUGGUGAUGAUAUCAUUGAGGAGCCGAAGUCAGGGAUGGAGUUCAAUACGUUUGAAGAUCUGUUGGUCUAUUAUAAACAGUAUGCAAAAAGUAGUGGGUUUGGGGUGAUGACACAAAGGAGUGAGAGGGCUGAUGAUCAAAGUGUCAGAUAUGUCACCCUUGGUUGUGCACGUGGAGGGAAGGCCCGGAUUAAGAGUUCCAAUCCGGCGAACCCACGUCCGACGGGCAAGACUGACUGUAAGGCCCAGAUUAAUGCACUAAGAAUUGAGGGAAAGAUGCGGUUGACAACAGUGAAUAACGCACAUAAUCAUGUAAUCAGCCCACAGAAAUCCCGCUUCUUUCGGUGUAAUCGAGAAGUUAGUGAGACUGUUAAAAGAGUCCUAGACACAAAUGACUUAGCUGGCAUCCGAAUGAACAAGAGUUACGGAUCUCUUAUGGUUGGCGCAGGUGGCUUUGAGAAUCUCCCAUUUUUAGAAAAGGAUUGUCGCAAUUACAUCGAGAAAGCCCGACAUCUGCGACUUGGUGCAGGUGGAGCUGGAGCACUUCGUGAUUAUUUUAUGAGGAUGCAGUUUAAGAAUAACGGCUUUUUUGCGUUGAUGGAUUUAGACGAUGACGGGCGGUUAAAAAAUGUUUUUUGGGCUGAUCCACGUAGUCGGGCAGCCUAUAAGUAUUUUGGUGAUGUUUGUAUGGAUGGAAUAGCUCCGAAGGCUAUUAUUACUGAUCAAGAUAGAACAAUGAAAAAUGCCAUUGCUAUUGUCUUUCCUGAAGCGCGACAUAGAUGUUGCCUAUGGCAUAUACUUAAGAAAGUCCUCGAGAAGCUUGGAUCAUAUGCGACUUACCGACUUGGGUUGAAAACAGAGCUGAUGAAAUGUGUGUACGACACACAGACGAUUGAGGAGUUUGAAAAUUGUUGGGCUGGGUUUAUUAAUACAUACGACUUACAUGAUAAUGCAUGGUUGACAAGUUUAUACAUUGAGCGUGAGCAUUGGACAAACUUGAAAGAGUUUGUAGACCAGUUUGACAAUGCAUUGAAGAAAAAGAUUGAAAAUGAAAAUCAGGCGGAAUUCCAAUCAUUCAGCGGCACCAUUCCCUGCGUAUCAAGAUCUCCAAUUGAAAAGAAAUUUCAAGAGCUGUACACCAACAAUAAAUUUAAGGAAGUCCAACAGCAAGUAAUCGGUCUGAUUGAUUUGGAAAUAUCUCUACAGGCAUCUGAUGGUGUAAAUAGGAGGCAUAUUUUGGCUGCAUUCAAAGCUAAUGGUAUAAAGUCAUUGCCAAACCAGUACAUUUUAGAUCGAUGGAGGAAGGACAUCAAGAGGAGAUACACGUUGAUCCGAAGUAGCUACGAUGCAGGGGAUCAGAUUGCAAACGGUAAUAGACACACAAUCCUGUUGAAUUUGUGUUAUGAGAUGAUAGAUUAUGCGGUGGAUUCAGAUAAGCAAUUUGAAGAUGCAAAGAAAAGGAUUGAGGAGAUGACUGUUACAUAUCGUCAGAACCAGCGCCCCUUAUCUAGUACCCAAACAGGUUUGGUAUCUGGAUGUACGACAAGUCAGACUACAGUUGGUGGGUCCCAACAAGUUAAGAGUCCAGUUAUUGUCAGAGGGAAAGGAAGACCCCCAUCUCUUAGAAGAGCAUCUAGGAUGGAGAUAGACAUGAGGAAGCUUAAAGCCAAACAGAAGAAAACGCAAGUUGGAGGAAAGCGCAAACAGCGAGAUGAGAGGGAUACGGGAUCCAUGGGCACGCCCAUGACUUUGUUUGAUGAGAGGGAUACAGCACCCAUGCUCACUCGAAGGAAUUUAUUUGGGCCAUCAGAAGUAGACCUCACCCAUCCUGUUCAACUGCAGGGAGAAAGCGAAGAUGAUGAUAGUAUUCAGACUACGGGAGAAGAUGCGGGACGCCGUAAGGGGGUUUCUGGAAAGGCAGAUUUCAAAUGA